GCGUUUAGUCCCGCUGAAAGUUUACGUGUUACAACAAUCGAAUGCUCUGUUAGCCGGCUGAAUAGUACGAAGAGCUCGUUUUCGAUAUUACUCACCUUUUCGGGUUGAACGAUGACUCGGAUCGUGAGUCUGAGUUUAGCUGCCCUCUUCUUCGGUCGAGUGCGAGGUCUAGACUACGUAACUUGCACCUCAAUCGUGAAGUUGGAGAAUCAAAAUUACAUGGUGAGGCUCCAUUCACAUGAUGUGAAGUACGGGACCGGGAGCAGACAACAGUCUAUCACAGGGACCCACGAAAAAGACGAUCACAAUUCCUAUUGGGUCAUAAAGGGAACUAAAGACAAGCCGUGCGGCCGAGGCGACCCGAUCAAAUGCAACGACAUCAUCCGAAUCGAGCAUUUGGCAACCCAGAAAAACCUUCAUUCUCAUCACUUCUCAUCGCCCCUCUCUGGGCAUCAAGAAAUCUCAGCAUUCGGUAAGAAUGGCGACGGUGACUCGGGCGAUCACUGGAGCGUGAUUUGUUCGAACGUUUAUUGGGAGAGAGACAACUCGGUGCGACUCAAACACGUGGAUACGGAAAUGUGGCUUUCAUUAUCCGGGCAGUCUUUCGGGCGACCUAUCAGCGGUCAGAUGGAGAUCAUCGGCGGCAGUUACGCCGACUCUUCUUCCUAUUGGCGAGCUCAGGAAGGGGUCUACGUGAAACCAGCUGAUAUUGGAAUGGGUUCAUUCGUUCGAGACGCAUCCAGUAAAAUCGAGCACAACGAACUGUGAAGAUUUGAGACUUCGACUGUAAUCUAACAUUUUCCUCGACGCAAAGAACUUCCGCGUUCGCGGUUUUUUGUUGCUUGUUUUCUUAGGCCACAAAAAGCUUUACUCCCUUCUGGGGAAUGGCGAAAUCGAGCCCGUCAAGAAUUAUUAUUUAUUGGAAGUUCAGAGGCCUUGGUUCAGGCAUCGAUGUCGCAGAGGAAAGUUUCUGUAAAUACUAGACCUGUGAAAUGAGCGAAUAAAUGAGUGAUAU